UGGUGGAGCUUGGACUAACCCUGACACAGGCAGUAUAAGCUCAAAGGACAUGGCAACAACAAAUGUGUGUCAGGCCGACGCGGCGUCAUGUGGGUGCUGUCUCAUGCAUCAGCAGAUCGACAGGAUGAAGAGGAGCUUUAACCAGAGCCUCGCGGAACUUCAGAAUGAACUCAACAAAGCAAUGGACACUCUCAACCAGUUCAGAUCCACUCGCAGUGCCUUCUCUGUCUCCCUUUUCACUGACAACACGCAGACAUGUUAUGGUCCUUUCCGAGAUGAUACCCUUGUUGUUUACAAACACAUCUUCCUCAACAUGGGUGACAAUUACGACGUCUCCAGUGGAGUCUUCACUGUCCCACGCACUGGGGUCUACAGUUUGGCCCUCACAGUUUACAGUGAUGCCGGGGCCCCUGGGAACACUCUCGCUGCAUGUGCCUCUCUACAGGUCAAUGGACAUCUGCUGGCCGGACCCAGGGAGUUCUACAUGCAAGACCAAGAGGACAGCGCCACCACCUCCAUAGUGGUCAAACUGAGACAGGGAGAAAUGGUGUCGGUCAAUCUCCCCAUAGGGUGCUUCCUCUGUGAUAACAAAAACCACUACAAUACGUUCAGUGGGUUCCUGCUCUAUACCACUGAGUAG